ACCAGCUUUCAUGUUCACCUAGUGGACUUUCCCUAAUAUACGGGGUACUACCUGUUGUGUCCGCGGGCACAGUAAGGGCGUGUGUGGGUGGAGGGUGAAUUGAAAGGUUUCCUGUCAACUUCACUACAGCAGUCAGUGAGAAGGGUCCAUCAGCAGUGGCAUCACCAGGCACAGUUGUCAUGUCUGAGGUGCGAGGGUCAGUAGGUGAACAAGGGCGCAGGAAUGUAAAGGAACCCCCAGACACCAGCCAUGACACUCCACUCAUGACACUCUUUCGUGGGUAUUCCAAGGCACUCGACGAGAAGAAUGACAAAUAUGAAAGAAUAUACAAGACGAGCAGAGAUGUCACAGUUCGCAGCAAGAGGAUCAUCUUUUCCCUUCAAAGAAUUCCAGGAUUAGGGGAUGACGAAAAGGAACAUGUGCUUACGUCUGCUGCCAAUGAUCUGCGAGAUGUUGAACAGGCGCUGUUGAAACAUAUUGCAAUGGAACUUAGAGAUGAAGAUCCCCAUCAGUUCGUCAAUGCUUACACCUCAGGCAUCCAAGAGUACAUAGAAGCUUUGUCAUUCCACUUCUUCUUGCUCACCGAAACCAUCAUCAGCCACAACGACGUUCAGCAACGAUUGACUUUCGGUAGUCAAGAAAAUGAGACCGACAUAAUACCCAUCAGUGUUCUCGUCCAAGCCAAGGAAUACAUACUUGGUAUUGCCGACCUCACGGGGGAACUUAUGCGUUUCUGUAUCAAGUGUGUUAGUACAGGGGACUUUGAAAUGUGUUUUAAAAUCUGUAAUGUCCUAAAAAAAAUGCAUGGAGGGUUCUUAUCUUUAGGUUAUAUUCCAGCCAAAGAACUUUACCACAAAAUGAUGGUGUUCAGAUCUAGUUUGCACAAGGUGGAAGAAGCUUGUUACUCACUACAACUGAGAAAAUCAGAGGUUCCUGCUGAAAUGCUUGGUGAUGUGUUUGCUAUGUAUGAUGCAGAUGACCAAAAUGUUUCUUUUAUGUAAAUUUAUUGUAAUGUAUUUUGUGAAAUAUUUGGCAGUUAUUUUCUCACUACGUAUUAAUCUCAUUACUCAGACCAUAAGGAUCAUAUUAUAAUCUGAUAAAGGCAUAUGGAUAUACUGUACUUCGUUAUUUUGCUUAAAUAUACUGUGUGUGUAUGCUAAA